CUCUAUUCAUCGGGAUUUUUAGUCGGAGCAGGUUUUGUGAACACUGGUGACAGUAGUUUGGUCACGCAGCGCACCAUGCAGCCGUUUGACAACUUGGUUUCAGAUUCGUCCAGCUCGACUCCUCUUGUUCAUGUCCAUGUUUGUUUACUGCAGGAGGAUGUUGACGGCUCUUAAAGCAUAAAGGUGUUUCGUAAACUUGAUUGGAACUAAAAUGAGGAGUCGCAGCAACUCUGGAGUUAAACUUGACAACUACGCGCGGAUAGUUCAUCAGACUAUUCUGCGUCAUCAAGAUCCAGUGACAGGUCUGCUGCCAGCAAGCAAAGAGCAGCCUGAUGCCUGGGUGAGGGACAAUGUCUACAGCAUCCUGUCGGUCUGGGCUCUUAGUCUGGCUUACAGGAAAAAUGCAGACCGUGAUGAAGACAAGGCUAAAGCCUAUGAGCUUGAGCAGAGUGUGGUGAAGUUAAUGAGGGGAGUUCUUCAGUGCAUUAUGAGACAGCUGGACAAAGUGGAGAAAUUCAAAUACAGUAAAAGCGCUUUGGACAGUCUCCAUGCCAAGUAUAACACUCGGACCUGUGCCACUGUGGUGGGUGACCGGGAAUGGGGGCAUCUCCAGCUCGAUGCCACCUCUUUAUACAUGCUCUUUCUAGCCCAGAUGACCGCCUCAGGGCUGCACAUCGUGUACACUCAAGACGAGGUGGAUGUGGUCCAGAAUCUGCUGUUCUACAUUGAAGCUGCAUACAAAGUGGCUGACUACGGGAUGUGGGAGAGAGGAGACAAAACAAAUCAGGGGAUCCCUGAGCUCAAUGCCAGCUCAAUUGGGAUGGCUAAAGCAGCACUUGAAGCCCUAGAUGACUUGAAUUUGUUUGGGGCCAAAGGGGGGCCAGACUCUGUGGUUCAUGUCUUGGCAGAUGAUAUCCAGCACUGCCAGUCUAUUCUGAACUCCAUGUUGCCCAGAGCUUCAACAUCCAAAGAGGUGGAUGCCGGGCUCCUGUCUAUCAUUUCAUAUCCAGCCUUUGCAGUGGAAGACAUGGAGUUAGUCAAUAUCACUAAAGAGGAAAUUAUCUCCAAGCUCCAGGGAAGAUACGGCUGUUGCCGUUUUUUAAGAGAUGGCCACAAAACUCCUAAAGAGGACCCCAACAGGUUGUAUUAUGAAUCUGCUGAGUUGAAGCUUUUUGAAAACAUUGAAUGCGAGUGGCCACUUUUCUGGACCUACCUGAUCUUGGAUGGCAUCUUUAUCAACAGUCCAGAGCAGGUUGAGGAGUACAGAGAAGCUCUGGAAGGUAUCCUAAUCAAACAGAAAGAUGGGAUUCGGUUGCUGCCUGAGCUCUACAGUGUUCCUCCUGAUAAGGUGGAUGAGGAGUAUGUUAAUCCUCACACGGUGGAGCGGAUCCCGUUGGGAAAGUGUCCUCUGAAGUGGGGCCAGUCCCUUUAUGUUCUGGGCAACCUGUUGGCAGAGGGUUUUUUGGCUCCUGGAGAGAUCGACCCCCUAAACCGCAGGUUCUCUGCCAUCCCAAAACCGGAUGUUGUUGUGCAAGUGUCCAUCCUUGCUGAGAACGAGGACAUUAAGGCGCUCCUGCAGAAUAAUGGGAUUGAUGUGGAGACAGUGGCUGACAUCCACCCAAUCAGAGUGCAGCCGUCUCGAGUUCUCAGCCACAUUUAUGCUCGGCUAGGGCGUAAUGAGAGACUGGGGCUGACUGGCAGACCUUACCGAAGGAUCGGUGUGUUGGGAACCUCAAAGCUGUACAUCAUCCGCAACACCAUCUUUAGCUUCACACCUCAGUUCAUAGAUCAUCAGCAGUUCUAUCUGGCCCUGGAUAACAAGAUGAUCGUGGAAAUGCUGCGCACUGACCUGUCUUACCUCUCUUCUCGUUGGAGGAUGACCGGCCGUCCGACUGUCACUUUUCCCAUUUCCCAGACCAUGCUCAACCAUGACCACACUGAUUUGGACCCUGCUGUUCUGGCCACACUUAAGAAGCUACAGGACGGUUACUUCGGAGGAGCAAGGGUCCAGACUGGCAAGUUAUCAGAGUUUCUGACCACGUGUUGCUGUGCUCACCUGAGCUUUCUGGACAGUGGUAAGACACGCUCCAAUAAGGGCUGGGAUGAAGAUGAUGAUGAUGUUGAGGAUGACUACUUUAGAGGUGCUGUGCAUGACCUGAACUUCAAUGAUGAUUCAGAUGAUCUAGCACAAUACCUGGACCAGCUUUUGCAUGCAGCGGUGCCUCUCCAGGGGCUCAGAGUCGAGGCAGAGGCUAAAGGACUGAGUCGCUUCAAGGCUGCAGCCACAAAGACACGUGAGAUGGUGUCUCUGGUGAACAAAGCCAAGGAUCUACAAAUCCACAAUCUCCAUAUGUAUCUUCCCAAUAAGCUGUUCCGCUCACCUCAGCCUGCACUUAAUUUAAAAGACUUUCCAGGACAGCGGACGGCUCAUAGUUCAGAAGUUGUGGUGCCCUCUGAAAGUAACCUGCCCCGGGACGCUCAUGGUGCCAUUGACUACAGCACUCUAGUGCAGGUGCUUAAAGACACUCAGAGCCUUCAUGAUCAGGCAGACAUCCUCUACAUCCUUUUCAAAGACAAGGGAAUGGACUGGGACACUCAGCUGCAUGGGAAGGGCACCACUGUUAAAGGUUUGCUAGUCGAGCUCUAUGAGAAAGCGGGAGAUCUGAGGUGUUGGGAUAUCAUCCGUAUGAUUUCAGGCAUGCUCCGCAAGAAAGUGGAAGAACUAGACUGGGCCUGCUCAGAUUUGCUGGCUCAUCAGAAGCACUUGACAGUCGGUUUACCACCUGAGCCCAGAGAGAAAACCAUUACAGCGCCUUUGCCUCCUGAUCAACUGGCCUUACUGAUUGAUCAAGCCAGCGAGAACAACAUCACUAUUGCCAUCCUCACACAGGAGAUCAUAGUGUACCUAGCGAUGAUCAUCAGAACACAGCCCAGUUUAUUCAGUGAGAUGUUUCGGCUGAGGAUCGGCCUCAUCAUUCAGGUUAUGGCAACUGAACUGGCUCAAUCUCUAAACUGCUCAGGUGAGGAGGCCACAGAGAGUCUGAUGAAACUGAGUCCCUCUGAGUUGAAGAAUCUUCUCCACCACAUUCUGAGCGGGAAAGAGUUCGGUGUUCAGAGAAGUGUUCGUUCAGUUGAGCCUGGUGCCAGUCCUGUCAUCUCCAUCCAUGAGGUGGGCAAUGUUGGAGCCACCAAGAGUGAGCGUGCAGGCAUCAGCAAACUGAAGAGUGACAUGAAGAUGACUUUCUCAGGUCAGUCCUUCGAUGCUGAGCCUGUUGAAUUAGCGAGGAGCAGGAUGCCUUCAAUUGAUGGGUUUGAUAGCUCACUGAGUGUUGGUGUACCCCGGGACAGUCGGCAGGGCCAGUGGCUGCGCAGGAGGAGGCUUGAUGGAGCUCUCAACAGAGUUCCUGUUGGCUUUUAUCAAAAAGUCUGGAAGAUUCUGCAGAAGUGUCAUGGCCUUUCAAUAGAAGGCUUCGUUCUCCCAUCUUCUACGACAAGAGAGAUGACCCCGGGUGAGAUUAAAUUUGCGGUACACGUGGAAAGGGUGCUGAACCGUGUCCCUCAGCCUGAAUACAGGCAGCUGCUGGUGGAAGGCAUCUUGGUCCUGACAAUGCUGGCCGAUGUUGACAUUCAGAGCAUUGGCAGCAUCAUUCACAUAGAAAAAAUUGUUCGCAUCGCUAAUGACAUGUUCUACAAAGACCAGAAGGAUCUUGAUGCUGAGGACAGUAUUUUGGAAAAGGAUCAGUCUACGGGCAUCUGCCGGCUCCUGUAUGACACUGCACCCAGCGGCCGCUUCGGCACCAUGACUUACCUCACGAAAGCUGUGGCUACUUACGUCCAGGACUUCUUGCCUAGUGGCGCCUGUACUGUACAGUGACACCUACCUAGGUUUUUAAAUAGCAUAGUUUUUAUUGUACAGUCAAGAGACCACUAUUUUAAAGCCCUUAAUGAGAUAUUUGUGUGAGUUUUAGUAUUAAAGCAAAACCUGCAACUGUAUUGAUUAACUCGUCAUUGAGCACAUAAUAAUUUUUGUAGUUUACAGUUUAAUGGUAAUCCUUGAAUAGUUCUUAGAUUAGCUACAUUUAGCAUAUUUAAUAUCAGCAAUAAACAUAAGGCAGUAGGGAAUGAAGAAGUACAGUCCUCAGUUGUUCUGCUUAUUAAAAAAAAACAGGUUGUGAGUUUACUAGCUUGUAUGUGAUCUAUGAAAUACAGACUCUACACACAAAGCACUUACCUUUUUUAAAAGAACACUCCACUUUUUUUAGGAAAUAGGUUAAUUUUACAAGUCACCUUUAGCUUAGCUUAGCAUAAAUCAUUGAAUUUGACCAGACCAUUAGCUGUUUUAAUAAUUUUCUUACUUAAAUCUUGACACUUGUGUAGUUAUAUUGUGUGCUAAGACUGACAGAAAAUGAAAAGUUGUUAUUUGUAAACUAUACUCUCAUUCUGGUGUAACAAUCAACUUUGCUGCUGUACCAUGGCUGAAGCAGGCACAAACAAAAGUUCCUUGAUUAUUUUGCCAGUAUGAGAGAAUAGUUCCUAGCCAUAUUGAACUACAAAUUAGCAACUUCACAUUUUCCGUGGGUCUUAUUACACGAUGCAACUAUGGAGAAGUCAAAAUAAGACUCUUCAAAAUUAUCACAACUCUCUUCAUUUUUUGAGUGAGACGCUAAUGAUUCAGUGAUCCACGCUAAGCUAAGCUAGUGCUCCUGCCAGACCUAGAGAUCAGCUGAAGAGAAACUCAACAAGUUUAACUCUAAGUGAGUUGUAAAAUGAGCCUAUUUCCAAAAAUAAUGGAGUGUUCCUUAAAAACUGUAAAUCUGUCCCUCGCAGUCUCUUAUUGAUAUCAAUUAAACUGAACGUCUACCCUGACUGAGCUCUAUUAAGCAUGAAAGUGUUUUGUUUUUGUUUAGCUCCUAAAAAAGAUAUACUGCAUCAGCUAUGAUGAGAAUCUAGUGUACGUUUACAGUCUACAACUUAUGGAGAGAUGACUAUUUUGUUUAAUAAUAAUGUUUUGUGUUUUAGACUUGCAUAUGUGGUCUUUAAAGCUGUGUUACAAGUGAACGGUAGAUGUGUGCAUGUACUCAGAGAAGCCAUUAUGGAACAGUAACUUUUAUUUAUUUUGCUUACAGUAUAAUAAUUUGAACUAAAUGAUGAUGAUAAAUUUAAAUAAACUUAUUUUACUUGUUAAA